CUGUCUGUCAAGAACUGCUUCAUCCGCGGCUCGGUGGUUCGCUAUGUGCAGCUCCCGGCCGACGAGGUGGACACGCAGCUGCUGCAGGACGCGGCCAGGAAAGAGGCUCUGCAGCAAAAGCAGUGA